AUGAAGGCUGCCUUCUUUGUUCUCCCGCUUUUUGCGGCACUCUCUUCUGCUCGUGCAGUUGAACAGGCCCCCAGAGCUGCGAGCUGUGCCCAGGUGCUAAUUGGCUGCCUUGGGGGAAUCUCUGCAAAUGGCCAGUCUGGCCCUGAAUGCAAGGACUUUGAGCAGAGAUGCUCUGAUGACCUCCUCCGCAGGGCCUUCCCUGCUGUCGAUGCCCGUGCUGCUCCAGCUCCAGCACCUGCCCCUGCCCCUGCCCCUGCUCCCGCCCCUUCUACUCCGGUCAAGGUCCCUGAGCUCCCAGUGCUCGUUGCGGCCAUCCAGGGCGCCGUAAAGGGCAAAGCCAACAUUGAUGCCAACGUCCUUGCUGCUAAGAUCCAUGUGCACAUCACCGCCAACGGCUGUAACCUUGCUGGCAUCAUCGAGGCCAUCAUCGAGGUCUGCCAUGGCAACCUCGGCGGCAUUGUCGAUAUCAUCAACGCCGUCAUCGAAGUCGUCUGCAAGCUCACUGGCCAGUUCCUCAACAUCAACACCUCUGGCCAUGCCAGCAUCGGUGUCAUCGUCAAGAUCGUCCUGGGUUUCUUCCCACACGGCCAGGGCAUCGGAGCUAUCAUCGAGAAGAUCGUGCAGUUCUUCGCCAGCGGCCACUUCGACAUCCCUAGCCUGAUCGACUUCAUCCUCGGCCUGUUCAAGGGCAAGAUCAGCAACCGUGACCUUGGUGAUGUCACCCAUCAGUUCAUGCAACUGUCUGCUAGAUCCGGCAUCACUGCACGCGACGAGAUGGCCCACGCUCAGGGUCUGCUCGACAUCCCCAAGCUCAUCUCCGAAAUCGUCCAGGUUAUCGGUGACGGCAAGAACAUCGACUGGGGCAAGCUUGCCAGCCUUAUCCUGCAAAUCAUCAUGGAGAUAGUCGGCGGUAUCGGCAAGAUCUUCAUCCCCGGCCUCGGUGCUAUCGCUGGCCGUGAUAUCUCUGCCAGCGGCACCGGCAUUGGCAUUGGCGGCAGUGCCCACGCAGGAAUCAACCUCAACAUCGACUGGAGCGGCCUGCUCAAGGAUAUCACGGAUCUCAUUGCCCACUUCAGCAUUGGCAAGCUCAUCUCCCUCAUCAUCAAGUUCUUCACCAUGCUCUUCAAGCCCAAGCAGCAGUAA